CAACUGUUUUAGUGGCAGCCAUUACGGUCUUAGAAGUCAGAGUCAGAAGUUAAACCAUGGACCCCCGUACCAGUGCCCAGGACGUAAUGCGAUGUGACCUGUGUGAGACCACUGUGGUACAGAUGCACUGUGAUACAUGUCUUGUCAACCUGUGUACAGCUUGUGUAGGAAAACAUAUGAUAUCUGAUGAAUCCAAGGACCACAAGGUCGUCAAAUUUCAGGCCAGGAAAUCCACCCCCCUCUACCCUGGAUGUACAACUCAUAGCAAACAGCAAUGUACAAUGUACUGUAAUAAAUGUGACAUUCCUGUUUGUACAAAGUGUCUAGCAUCUGAUCAACAUCUGGGUCAUAAAUUAUCAGAAAUCUUACAGAUUGUGGAUGAGAAAAAAGACAAGAUUUUAAAAGAACAAACUGAAUUAAAGGAGAAAAUUUAUCCAAACUAUAAAGACAUUGCCUCUGAUGUAAAAAACAGAAUGAGUCAGUUACAAAAGGAAUAUGGAGAUCUCUCAACAGCCAUAACAAAACAUGGAGAGGACUGGCACAGAGAAAUUGACAAACUUGUCAAGAAACUGAGAGCUGAAGUUGAUGAGAUGAAAAACACACAGUUACAAACUCUACAGAAACAUCUGGAUGAAAUAAACAAGACAAUGUCUGACAUCAAGGAUGAAAUUAAUGCAGUUGAAAUGGCUAUAGACACUAAUGACUUGUCAAAACUGUUUAAAGUCACUUCAAAUGUAAAUAUAUACAGAAGCCUUCCACAAAAGCUAAUACCAACUUUAUCCAAAUUUAUUCCAGAAAAAAUUCAAGAAGAAAAACUCGGUAAAAUGUUUGGAACUUUAUCAUCAGGUUCUUUCACUUCAGAUAAAGAUGGCUACAGAAUGAAGACGACACAGAAAUCACUAGAAGCUGGAUCCUCUCCUCCAGUUAAACAACUGCUUGAUGAACCAGAGACGGUCACCACCAUAGACACUGGGUAUGAAGUACUUUACAAUGUGGCCUGUCUGAGUGAUGAAGAAAUCUGGACAAGUGGAAAUGACAGCACCAUGAAACUCUACAGCAUCAAUCAGGGAUCACUACUCAAGUCAAUCGCAACUAAGUCAGGGAAGGAACCAUAUGACAUAGCAGUGACAAAAAGUGGAGAUCUAGUUUAUACUGAUUACUGGGAUAGAACUGUGAACAUUGUGAAGAAUGAGAAGAUAAAGGAGGUGAUCAGACUACAGAACUGGAUACCUAAAAGUGUCUGUAGUACCUCCUCUGGUGACCUCCUGGUUAUCAUGACCAGUGAUGAUAGAAAGCAAACAAAAGUUGUCCAUUACUCUGGCUCCACAGAGAAACAAACCAUUCAGUUUGAUGAUAAAGGUACACCUCUCUAUUCAUCUGGUACUUAUUACAGAUACAUAGCAGAGAACAGGAACCUGGAUAUCUGUGUGUCUGACAAUGGAGCUAAAGCAGUAGUGGUGGUCAAUCAGGCCGGGAAACUGAGAUUCAGGUACACUGGACAUACUCCCGCUCCAAAGAACAAACCAUUCAAUUCACGUGGAAUCACCACAGACAGUCAGAGUCACAUCCUUAUAGCUGAUUAUAACAAUGACUGUGUCCACAUCAUAGACCAGGAUGGACAGUUCCUCCGUUACAUAGACUGUGGACUGAGUGAACCCCGGGGACUGUGUAUAGAUACAAAUGACAAUCUGUUUGUUGCUCAACUUAGAAACACACAAGUGAAGAAAAUCAAAUACAUGUGUUGAUAUUAGGGCUGUGUAUUGAUCAAAUAAAACCUAUAUAAUACAGUACAUUAUUAUGCUUCCUGUCAGUUUGUCUCUAUAUAACCCGUACCCCAAUAUUAUCGCAUAGUGUUCUAUGGAUUUAUAUAGAGUAAGCAUACUUUGCCGAAAUAGUGCACGGCUUCCAUUUCUGAAGAAAAUCUGACAGCGCCCAUACCGGGGAGCGAACUCACGACCCCAAGCUUGUCAGUCCGACACGCUACCGAUUACGCACCAGACGCCGUUAUCUUUCUAUAUAUGUACUAUAAUGUAUAUAAACUUAGUUUCAAAUAUUUUAUCAAUAAAGAAAAAAGUAAACAAAAUAUU